AUGGGGGUACCUUUAUUUGGGGAUAGCAAGCCCUUCUAUUUCCGGAUCUGGAAUGGACUAAGUCAGAAGUUGCAAGGCAAAAAAUCCUGGGAUAAACAUCUGGAUGAAAUCUACUUACUCCAGCAGAAAAGGAUCUGGGAAUCCCCACUCCUCCAGGCUGCCAAGGAGAACAACCUCCCAGCCAUUAGGAAACUUCUCACUGACGGAACAUGUGAUAUCUAUCAGAGAGGUGCAGUGGGAGAGACCGCCCUUCAUGUAGCUGCCUUGUAUGAUAAUGUGGAGGCUGCAGUGACUCUGAUGGAAGCAGCUCCCGAGCUUGUCAAUGAGCGGAUGACAUCAAAGCUCUAUGAAGGGCAGACAGCUCUCCACAUUGCAGCAGUGAACCAGAACAUCACUUUGGUGAAGGCUUUACUCAAGAGAGGGGCCAAUGCCUGCACAGCACAGGCCACUGGGCACUUCUUCAGGCGCAGCUCCCAGAAUCUUCUCUAUUUCGGAGAACAUGUCUUAUCAUUUGCUGCCUGUGUGGGAAAUGAGGAAAUUGUACAGUUGCUCAUUGAAAAUGGAGCUGACAUUAGAGCUCAAGAUUAUCUGGGUAACACUGUUCUUCACAUCCUGGUUCUCCAACCUAAUAAGACAUUUGCCUGCCACAUGUACAGCCUGAUACUUUCCUAUGACAGGAACAAAGAGGGACCAGGAUCACUUGAAUUGAUUCCUAACAAUGAGGGGCUUACUCCAUUCAAACUGGCUGGAGUUGAGGGCAACACUGUGAUGUUUCAAUACCUUAUGCAAAAGCGGAAGCACAAUCUCUGGUCCUUUGGCCCCUUGACCACUGUGCUCUAUGAUCUCACAGAGAUUGACUCCUGGGCUGAAGAUCAGUCCUUCCUUGAGCUCAUUGUCUCAACCAAGAAGAGAGAGGCACGCCAGAUCUUGGACCUAACACCUGUGAAGGAGCUGGUGAGCCUGAAGUGGAAUAUGUAUGGCCGUCCCUAUUUCUGUUUCCUGGCUUUAUUCUAUAUACUCUACAUGGUCUGCUUCACUAUGUGCUGCGUCUACCGACCACUGAAACCCCGAACAGGCAACAAAACAAGCAGCAGAGACAAUACAAUCUAUGUCCAGAAAAUGCUGCAGGAAUCAUAUAUGACAUAUGAGGAUGAGCUGAGGCUGGUGGGGGAGCUGAUCACAGUCAUUGGAGCUGUAGUAAUUUUGGUCCUUGAGAUCCCAGAUAUCCUUAGAGUUGGAGCAGCGAAAUACUUUGGACAAACCAUCCUAGGAGGGCCUUUUCACAUAAUUGUCAUCACAUAUGCUUGCAUGAUUCUAGUAACCAUGGUGAUGCGCCUCACCAGCACAACUGGUGAGGUGGUGCCCAUGUCCUUUGCCCUGGUGCUAGGAUGGUGCAAUGUCAUGUACUUCGCACGAGGCUUCCAGAUGCUCGGACCCUUUACCAUCAUGAUCCAGAAGAUGAUAUUUGGAGAUCUUAUGCGCUUUUGCUGGCUCAUGGCUGUGGUGAUACUAGGGUUUGCAUCAGCUUUUUACAUCAUCUUCCAGACAGAGAACCCUGAAAACCUUGGGCAGUUCUACAACUAUCCCAUGUCCUUGUUCACCACCUUUGAGCUGUUCCUCACUAUCAUUGACGGCCCUGCAAACUAUGAUGUGGACCUGCCCUUUAUGUAUAGUGUGGUAUACUUUGCCUUCGCCAUCAUUGCCACCCUCCUUAUGCUCAACUUGUUAAUUGCCAUGAUGGGUGACACCCACUGGAGAGUGGCCCAUGAGCGGGAUGAGCUCUGGAGAGCCCAGGUUGUCGCUACUACGGUCAUGCUGGAGCGGAAACUGCCACGGUGUCUCUGGCCUCGGUCUGGAAUCUGUGGGCGGGAGUAUGGGCUAGGGGACCGAUGGUAUCUCAGAGUUGAAGACAGGGUUGAUCCCAACAAACACAAGAUGACGCGUUACACAGAAGCAUUUAAGGCUCAGGAUAGGGAUAACUAUGAUAAAGGUUUGGAAAAGCUGGAGAUCAAUAGGAACAUCCUGUACAAGAAGGAACUGUCUGCUCUGUCAUUGUCACGGAGCACAUCCAGGACUAGUUCUCACCGUGGCUGGGAGAUCCUGAGGCGCAACACCUUCCACCAACUUCGUGGAGAGAUGGAGAUCCAAAAAUCCUCUGUUUACCUAUUUCUGUGCUGUACCACCCUUGUGGUGAGAAUAUUUUUCCUAAUGUCCAACCUGAACCUCUCAAGUCACAAUUGA